UCCCACCUCUUCCACCUCCAAAACUCUCUACUCCUCCUAUAUAUAAACCGAAUCCAUCGCCAUUUCUAAAACCAAUUCAACCAUUUCUAAGAUCACAAAAAACUCAACCAAAAAUGAAGAGAGAAGGUCGCCAACACGGUAUGGUUCGUACCUACCCAAUUUUACCUUCUCCAUAUAACCCAAAAACCGACUCCUGGUAUAUCAACAAGUCCAAUUCACCUCCAACCGCUGGGCUUUUCACAAAGGUUUCAACUAAGCCCUGUAACCAUUCCAAGUUCACAGGCAAGUGCGGUAGGCCCAGGUGCAACAGCUGCCAUAUUCACCCUGCUGGAAAAUCGAAGGACAAAACUAAAGGAACUCAAAAAUUAAAGGGACGUGGCGACGUCGUUUCGAAUUAUAGGUUGAUUACUUGGAGAGUUGUUGAUUCCAGACCUGGGUUGAAUUUUUCUGGGUUUUCGGCUACUGGACUUUUGGAUCAUUUGGAUAGUGAUUAUUCUUAUUACAUGGAUCAUGAUGAUGAUCAUGGAAUUUACUAUGAUGCCCCGAGUCCUGGUGAAGAUUAUUUUAACGAGGAAAUUGGAUCAGAAUUGGUAGUUGACUCCAAUUGGUCAACACCUGGUGUUGAGAUUGAGGAAAUUGAUGAAUGUGAAGACAAUGGGGAUGAUGAUGAAGAAAGAAUGAGUUUCUGUGAGGUGGGAUUUGUGUGGGAAAAGGUUGAAGAAGAUGGAGAUUGGUGUGUUGUGGAAGAAAUGUAAUUCGGUCCGUUCAAUUGUGUUUAUAUUUUACUAUUGUGACCUUUCAAUUGUAUUUACUGUAAAAAAAAAAAAAAAUCUUACAUCUCUGUAAUUGUAUUUACUUGUCAAAUAAAUUGAAUAUAUUACAGAAUUGAGAUGGCAUUGGUUUGUGAAAAA